AUGUCUAGCUUCUCCGUUCCCCAGAUUGUUGUCUUGUUCUCGGUUGUGGCGGGGAUGUCCGCCUCAGACCACGGUCCUAUCUUCCACACGCAGUACGGAGACGUGCGGGGCGUGUACAUAGAGGAAGGUGCCAUCGUCCUCGGCCUACCCUUCGGACAACCCCCGGUUGGCGAGCUCCGCUGGAAACCUCCGAAGCCGUUUACGGGAUCGUGGGCACCUCACAUCCGCGACGGCAGCGUACCGGGCCCGGCAUGUCCACAGGUCGGCUGCGGCCCGGACGAUGAAGACCCUAAAUUCGUCUGUCCCCGAGACGGCAAACUCAGCGAGGACUGUCUGUAUCUGAACAUCUUUACUCCACGCACUGUCUUGACGAACUCUACCGUAAGACUACCCGUUAUGGUCUGGCUUCAUGGUGGUAAUUACAACUCAGAAAGCGGUUCUGGCCUUUCUUACGACGGUCGCUUUCUGGCCAAUAAAACAAACACCGUUGUCGUCACAACCAACUAUAGACUCGGGGCUCUGGGUUUCCUGGUGGCCGGCGAGGGGGAAGACGCCCCGACAGGUAACUACGGAACAAUGGAUCAGAUCCAGGCUUUAAAGUGGGUACAGGAAAACAUCGGUGAUUUCGGUGGAGACAAAAACCACGUCACCAUUUUCGGACAGAGUGCAGGGUCCGAUUCAGUCGGUAUUCACGUGACGUAUAACGGUUCUGCCGACUUGUUCGAAAAGGGCAUCAUGUCGAGCGUGCCUUUCACCAUCUAUCACAAGUCUCGUGCCGACGCCGUGCGACUCGGAAACCGCUUCGCCGAACUGCUGAACUGCUCGGCCGGCGACGUCAAGUGUAUCCGUUCCAAAACCACAGACGAACUUGUACAAGCACAAGAUAAGAUAGGCACCUUCGUAGCCAACCCGUUUCGUCUCUUUGAGGUGUUUGAGCAAUGGGGACCCCACUUUGACGGCGAUAUUCUAACCGAAGAACUUGUUGACAAAUUUGCUAAAGGACAGUUUCAGAAGAAACCGUUUAUCAUAGGAACAGUAAGUGAAGAAGCUGUACUCUACAUAUAUGGGGCGCUUGGAGGCAAAGUUUCAAAACUUGAACUGGACGGCAUUGCCGUAGCCUUUGCGCAUUUGAAGGCAGACCAGGCCCUUCGUGAAUAUGACCCGCCACCAUCCUCAGACUAUCGGUCUGUCUUAUCCGUGGCUGUGACGGACUGGGUCUGGGCCUGUCCAACCCGUAACGUCAUACGGAACGCCAUCGCCGGUGGAGAAUCCGACGUCUGGCUCUACGUCUUCGACCACGUUUUGUCUAUCAAACAAGCCUGGGGCAACUCUACAUGUAUUAGCCACGUCUGUCAUGGCACCGACGUUCCGAUUGUCUUUCAAACCGCACCGCUGGCAAACCUCAGUCUGACCGCCGACGAACAGGUCCUGGCCGACACCAUCGCCUACCACUACGGGAACUUUGCGCACACAGGAGACCCAAACAAACCUAACGAACAUCUCCCCCCUCCCAACUUCAACAUACCAGAUAACGUGAACUGGCCAAAGUACAACAAGGACAACCAGUUUCCUAUCCUGAACAUGACGACUCCACACAACACUCUGAUGCACGACUAUCGGAAGGACAAGUGCGACUUUUGGGACAGAGAAGACAUUUACACCUGA